AUGGACAGAGCUCUGAGGAUUGUGGCAGCUGUAUUUUUCGCAUGGUUUGUUGCCUUCCCUGGAGGAGCGAACGCGCAACAGCACAGGCUGCACAACGCCGUCGUGGCGCUGGCCACGCCCGUGCACGGGAGCGAGGUGGACUACAACUACAUGAUGUCGGUAGUCCGUGCGAUGGACCACAUCAACGCCAAUGGCGCCGCCCCGGGGAUCUCCCUCCGCGUCCUAGGCGUGCAGGGCAUCUCGGACGUCGCGCUUGCCCGGGCCGCCGUCGUCGCUGCGUUCCUCUCCCGCCCUGAGCUCACCCACCUCUUGUGGGUCGACGCGGACGUCUCGUUCGAGCCCGAACAGAUCAUACGGCUCGUCCGCAGCGGCAAGGGCAUCGCCGUGGGGGCCUACCCCGUCUCCUCGGGCAGGAAGUGGGACGAGGUCGUGCGGUUCGCGCGGGGGAAGAGUCCGGACGACCCCCCCCCGCCGAACCACCUGUUGAACGGGAUGUCGCACUUCCUGAGCUAUGCGCCGUUGCCGCACCCGACGCCGGCCUGGGACCUGCCAAAGGGCUACUACCAGGGGUACAACGAGCCGGAUGAGCACGGCUUCCUGCCGAUCGCGCAGACCGGGCUGGGGUUCGUUCUCAUGGAGCGGGGGGUGUUGGAGGACAUGGUAGAAAAAUACAACUUCCUGUCCUACCAGCAUCCAGUCCUCGGGUCCUUGCCGGGGCUGUUCCGGCAGGACGUGGUGCAGUCGCCCGAGGGCCCGAUGGAGCACUCGAGCGAGGACUACGCGUUUUGCGACCGUGCACGUGCAGCGGGGCACGUCCUGUGGCUGGACACCAAGGGCGGGGGAGUGAAGCACAACAAGAUGGUGGCACACAACGGACGCGGGUGGUUCGGACAGGCGGGGUCCCGCGCAGCGCCGUUCGCGUGGGCUCGCGCGGAGGACGCGUAG